GAAAGCAUGCUGGUUUAUGUUUUGGCAUGAAAUUCAUUUCAUUAGAGAAUGCCUAUAAAAACAAGAUUUUACCUAUUGUUCAAAGCAUGUGAUAGCAGCACACGUGAGUGAUACGAUAUAGGUGGGAUUAACACAGUUUUAAAUAAUCUCUUGCUCUGUGGGAGACAGAUAGGAUAUAUAUGCAUGUUUUAUCAGACUUUGUUAUCAGACUUUGAACUGAUAACUACUGGUGUUCCCACCCCGACCCUUCCUCCAUUGUUCGUUCCACUCGGUGCCGCUGGACGACCUGCUCUUUGGACGAUGGUUCCUGUUGUUGCAUAAAACUUUGGAUCGUUAUUUUUAGACUUUCAGGACCCACUUUUUUUGGCUUCAUUAUGAGAGUUUGUUGGCAUUAGUUACAAAUUUAUUUAGGAGGAAAUGUGUACAGGUGUGCUGAAGCAUUUUAAUGAUAAUAAAACUUAGUGCAUAGGAAUUCAGGAAAAUCGGAAGAAUUUUGAUGUUGUGAAUUCAUUUAAUAUGAUUAUUCAUGUGAAAAUUGGAUAUCCAGUGAAUUUUACUUAGAUUUUAAUUGGAGUGUGAGUGGGUUUUAUUUUUAAAUUUAUGAUCAAAGUUUUGUUUACACUCAAAUUUUUUAGAAAAUAAACAGUGUAAAUUUCCCAUUGAAGUGACAGCUGAAGUAUAUGUGUGUGUAGAUUAAGUGGCUGUCUCAGCUGAAAGUUAAUUGAAGCACCUUCCUAAGCAUUGGAUAGAUUUCAAGCCCUGGAGUUUCUAAAUGACAGCUUCUAAGGGUUUCCUUUUAAGUGGUUGAAAUCCCCUAAAGAUAAAUUAUGAGACAAACUGCAAAGGAAGGGAAGUUUUCAUCAGGGAUGUUUGUUUUGGAUAAUAAGAUGUGAUCAGAAAUGACUUUGGAUGAUGUAACACGAUUUUGGAGAGAGGAGAAAGAAGAUGGGGCCAUUUACAAUGUAUACCUGAAGAAAGUUACCUACCACACAAUCUCCGACUUGGACCAAUGCAAGGGCCAUUUGAUGUGGGAGACCCAGAAGAUUCGAGUAAUCAAAGCUGGUACCCUGGAAAAACUGGUGGAAAGUUUGGUCACUUUUAAGGGGGAGCUUGACUCAACAUAUGUUAACGUAUUCCUGGCCACAUACAGGACAUUUGCAACCCCGAAGCAGGUUCUGGAACUUCUCGUAAAAAGAUAUAAAUGGCUUCAGAAGGACAGCCGAGAGAACAAAGACAGAAAAGAAAACAACGAGAAUCAGCAAAAAACGUUUAAGUCUGUAAUAUCAGUAUGGAUGGACACCUACCCUGAUGAUUUUCGAGACCACCCCGACUACACAUGCCUGACCACCUUAGAGUCGUUCUCACGCCAGUUUAUUCCAGAGAGUGAUCUAGAACUGAGGGCUCGACACAAAAUAGAAAAGUUUCAAUCAGAGGCUGUCUCUAAAUCAGACGGAGGGAUUAAGUUCCAGUUUUCUAUUGUGGAGGAGGUGGAUCACAUGAUUGAUGCUGAAUACCAGAAACCGCUAGAAUUUUUGGACAUACCCAAUCAACGACUAGCGGAGCAGCUCACCUAUAAAGAUGCGGAAUUAUUUAAACGGGUGAUUCCCCAUCAUUGUUUGGGAGCUGUGUGGGCGAGGAGAGACCGGAAACUGGGCAAGGGGGGUACUAUAGCCCCUAGCGUGCUGGCCACAAUUGACCAGUUUAACAGAGUGUCAUUACGGGUAAUAGCCACUAUACUGAGGACCAGAGACAUCAAAUCCUCACAGAGGGCGAAAAUCCUCCAGAAAUGGAUAGAGAUAGCCCAGGACCUGCGACAACAAAAGAAUUUUUCCUCUUUGAAAGCCAUUAUAUCGGGACUUCAAUCCCAUUCUGUAUAUCGAUUGAGGAGAACUUGGUCUUCCCUUACAAAAGAAAGCAUUGAUACAUUUCAAGAGUUGGCAGACAUUUUUUCCAACGACAAUAACCAGAUAUUAUCUCGAGAAUUACUCAUGAAAGAGGCCACAGCCAAGUUUGCUGAUCUUGAUUCCAACAAUAAGAUGCUAAGGAGACGAAAUCUACAAAAGCGCCGGUCUUGGAUAGAAAAUGGCAUUGUUCAGGGUACAGUGCCAUAUUUGGGGACCUUCCUGACUGACCUUACUAUGAUAGACACAGCUGUUCCCGACCGCACCGAAUGCGGCCUCAUUAACUUUGAGAAACGCAGAAAAGAAUUCGAGGUCCUGGCUCAAAUCAAACUUCUCCAAUCAGCUGCGCAGAUUUACCACUUCCAGGAAAAUAAACGGAUUUGGUCCUGGUUCGAUUCCGUCAGAGUUUAUGAUGAAAAUGAAUGCCAUGACAUGUCUUGUAUAAUUGAACCCAUCAAGGAAGGUCCCAGUCGAUUGAAGAAGAAAUCUGCAAGUUUAUCAAGUUUGCUCAAAGUUGUCAGAUAUGGUGAUAAUUUGGGUACACGGCCACCGCGGUACGAGGGCAGUAAGCUGUCUCUGUUGAGCUGUGGACUGGACAGUUCCAGCAUCUGUAGUUCUAAUCUGGACUCUCCCGCUUCUCCCUCACAAGGAAUGUCCCACUCUUCCUCCACGUCCUCGCUCCUGUCAUGUGACAGUGACACCACCGUGUCGUCACCAUUCCGAUCUUCCGAUACUUGUGUCAUCAGAGUCCGCUUUGAGUCCAGCCCUGAAUCAGAUACUCAUGUGUACAAAAGUAUCAUGUUGAAGAAUGCAGAUCACACCCACACUGUGAUAGAUAAAGUAUUGGACAAAUACUCUAAAAAAGGUCCCACCAGUAAUUUCUGUCUCUUACAAGUCCUAUCUGACGGAGAAUUAUUGAUUCCAGAAAAAGUGAACGUGUUUUAUGCCAUGAACAAUAGCGAUGGUUCUGAACCGGUGUUUGUGGUGCGAACCAAACAGGACCAAGAAGCUCGUAUUCAACACAGAAAGCGGGGUCGACGGAAACUAAAAAACUGGAGUCUAUAAAUUCUACAUCCAAUACCAGACAAGGAAAUGUGUAUAUUGGUGCAAUCAUACUCACUCUCGGUGAGUCGUAGUUCAUUAUCCGCAAUCGUACUCAGUCUCGCAGUUCAUUAUUUGCAGCUGUUCGUUUAUGUGCAAUAUAGCUCUUAGCUGAGUGGUACAUGUGUUGUAUAUACCGUGCAAUAGAAUGUGACAAGACACAGCCUGGCUACGAUGGAGUGGAUUCUACAAGGAAGGUCAGGAAAGAGAUGGCAAGCUGUUCUAGCAUUCUGCUUGACGUCACUAGCUACUGGGGAGGGCUGGGUAAUUCAGGAACGCUUUAGGUGUCUCACUGUGAAAUCGUUUCAAAGUAGAUUCAUAACGGAAUUACAGUGUAUAAACAUUUCAUUUGCAAGCAAUAUGAUACUCAUAUGUCAGAGCAGAGUCUAAAUAAGUUCCUAAUUGGACUUCAUGGUUUUCUCUAUAGUUGCUACUUCUAGUAUUAAAGAUCCGGCUGGGGGGAGGGAGAGAGGGAGGGGAGGGGGUUAAUUUUCAACUCCCAGUUUUUUCGUUGUGAAAUUUAAACAUUUGUGUGUCAUGUAUGUACUCUGUGUUUUAGGUUAACUAAAUAAUUGUGGUUAUCUGUGUGUUGGAAAAUAUUCAUUGGGUAUGAUUUUCACUUUUGCAGCAAGUUAAAUAAUGUAAACAUGGAAAUACGUGAUUGUAGAUUGUGCAGAUUCAUAUGACAAGUCUUCUAAUAUUUUCUUCCUUGUACGACAGGGUGAUUUGUGUGUGUAUAUAUAUUAUAAAGAUAUCACAAAGCCAAUUGAAUAUACUCUACUACUUUCAUUCUUCAUCAGUAGUAGCAUCUGCACAAUCAUCAGUAUAUGCAGUCGGCUUUGUGAUAUUUUCAUUUUACUACCACAAGUGUAGAUUUUUCUAUAUUUAUAUCUAAGAUAUAUAUAUAUAUACACACAUAUCUGUCUCUAUGAAAGUAUUAUACUAUUUAAGAAAUAUUUUAUUCUUUGUUAAUGAUCACUGAUGGUUUUGAAUGAAGUAAGAAAAGUACCUAUAUGAUAUUGUAUGAGUAGAUUUUACCUGUAUCUACGUUUACCUGUUUUGUAUGGUUGUGAUUAUACCGACAUCUCUGUGCUCUGUAGUAUAAAACUAGUACUUAUCAGUGUCAAUCUAGUCAUUACAAAGAGACUGAAAUUAGCAAUGUGUUUUUUUUUUCCCACCGACACUUUUAUACAUGUAUUGCUGUUAACAGUUCAAACCAACACCGAUAUGUUUCAGCUCAACAAAAGGUUUUGUAUUGAUAUCGUUCUACUUUGUAUUCAUUUCUGGUUUUUAAAUUUUGAUGAUUUUUAAAUAUAUACUCUUUGGUACAUUGUAAGUUUAAUCAGUUUUUGAACAUGUUAAAGAGAGAGGUGCUUAAUUAUUUUAUGUUUUUGUAAGAUUUGCAGCUUUAUGAAACUUUUAAGUUUCAGAUGGAAAAGUGAGAGAGAUGGGCAAUUUUUAUUAUAGAAGUGGAGAUGUUCCUCUCAACGACCAGCAUUGUAUUUUUAUUGAACUUUCGGAGUUUACUAAACUCCCAGAGUUAACUCAAGUUAACAUAAGUUACUUGUCAGAAUAAGAAUUGAAUAUGCUGUUUUUUAAAAGUUGACCUUGAACUUUAUUCGAUUUCUGCAAGUUCGCAGUAUUUAGUGGGUGUGGUUUUGUGAACUGGAACAGAAAGUGUGUGCUAGAAUACUCCAAUUAAAACCGAGACACGUAUGCAUGGAAACAAAAUUCUUUGAGUAAGCAUUCACAGUUUUUGAUUGGUUUUGUUGAUCAUGUUUUAGUACAUAUAAAACUCUCGGCCAUAUCAUUGUAAUGCAGAGGUUAUUGAAGCUUCAUAACCAGAGGGGGUUUCUUGAUCAUUUACCAAGGUCAUUUGAGGUCAAGGUCACCAGGAUUUGCAAGGUCAACAAAGACUUUAAUUACUAAAGGGUGAUAUAUGAUAUUUAGCAAAGAUUAUCUGGGCAUUAGAUUGAAGUCUGACUGUAAAUCUAUAGGUAUUAUUAAGUUUUGAUGAACAGAAAUUUAUUUUGCAAACCUAGAUGAAAGGCCAUCAAUAAAAGUCAAGGUGAAUUAUACAGAACUUCAAAAUGCCCCAUUUUGGCAGCACUUUCCAUCAAUUUUGCAAUACUGGUAUUGCCUUCAUUGUCGUUGAUAAACAUGCAUUGCACCCCAAAUAUUCAAUGAAAAACACCCGGAAUGCUCCCAUGAAGAAAAUGAAAUACACACCGAGUGUUUCCAUGGAGACAAUGAAAAGCACCCUAAGUGUUCCCAUGGAGACGGAUGAAAUGCACACUGAGUGUUCCCAUGGAGACAAUGAAAAACACCUCAAGUGUUCCCAUGGAGACGAUGAAAUGCCCCCUAAGUGUUCCCUUGGAGACAAUGAAAUGCACACCGAGUGUUCCCAUGGAGACAAUGAAAAGCACCUUAAGUGUUCCCAUGGAGACGAUGAAAUGCACACUGAGUAUUUCCAUGGAGACAAUGAAAAGCACCCUAAUGAUUCCCAUGAACACAGGUUAACCUUGUUGGGGCAGCUUCAGUCAUUAAUAAUCAAGAUCAUGGAAGAUUUGUAUUGCAAUAAAAUCCAAACUGCAAGUCCCCUCCCCAAACAUAAAACAGUGAAGAAAGUUGAGCAGUCUAAGAGUUUCUUAAGGUGAUAUCUGAAGUACAAAUUGAGCAUCAUUAUAAAGUGAACAAGUCUGUGCUACAGAGGAUAGAAAUUUUAACUUGAUUCUGGUUCUUUAUCCAGAGAUGUGUUCAUUUGAACUUUUUUCACAAUUUGAAUUGAAACAUGGUCAAGAGAGAGAGAGAGAGAGACUGAACUCAUUGUAUAUGAGUGAAUAUUUGAAGGGUUUUUCCCCCAUAAAUGUGAGUGAAUUAUGAUUUUUAACCAAGUAGAUCAUAAUGAAGUUAGAAAACUGAUUUUCCUACAGUGUAUUGGUAGAACUGUCUCAAAUGAUCUCUGUAAUGUUAAAAGUGAUGGCAUCAUUCACCUGUAUUAAAUAAUCAGGAAUUUCUGGUGUCCUCCGACGGGUCAAGACGGUCAGAGAUGUACCCGAGAGAAUUUCUGGUGCCCUCCGACAGUUGAGAGUCUGAAGUGUACCUGGCCGAUAACUAGAAAGAAUCAUUUAAUGUUACUAUGUAAACCCUGAAAAAUUUGCUAAUAUCACAAGAGAAUAAAUUGUCAGAACAGAUACAGGAGGCUAUACGGUGACAAUUACCAAAUUAAUAAAUUUCAAUUUAUUCAUCGAGAUGAAUUGGAUUGGUUAACAGGCUGUGCCUCUUGACACCCUCUUCUCAUUUUAAUUUUGAUUUAAUGGCUUAAUUUAAAAAAAAAAUUAUGAUUGUUCCAAAAUUUUAUUGAUGACAUUGUAAUCUGUAGAGUUAAUCAGAUGCAGUGUGGAAAAAAUUCUUGAUUAUUUAAUAUAGCAAUUAUUGACUUUAAUUUUGGUGUACUGUAACUGGAUGAACCUGGUCAGGGGUGGUGAGUCAAUCUAUACCUGACCAGGUGUACAGUCACUAGUAGACUGAAAUCAGAAGUCCAGAAAAUAUGUACCUGUUUACCUCAUUAAGUGUGCCAGACUUAAUUACCACACCCACCGUGGGAUGAACUCCAAGCAAAGUUCAUUUUCAAUUGGACCUUCAUGGGAAUUUCCCAUGAUUAGGAAUGCAAUAUUAUUUGUAUUGUUAUACAUGUAUAAAUAAAUAUUUGUAUGAAUAA